UUGCCACCAACAAGGAAGGUCAUUGGCAUGCAAAAUCAUUGCGUGUAUUCUGCUGAACAAAUGAUGGGAAUGUUCUGCUGAACAAAUGUCGAAGAGCAUGGAGAUGAGGAAAACAAAAGCAUUGUUCAUCAGCUUUUCUGCUGAAACCAAUGCAUGCAAAUCUUUUCGAGUAAAACAGUAUGAACGUAGGAAAGUUGAUAGUUAUAUUUUCAAUAGGAUUAUUAACACAAUGUUCUGUUAUCCUAGCAGAUUGUGAGAACCAGAUCUGCAAACUUGGAUAUGAGUUUUGUGAAACCGGAAAACAAGUGUGUCGACAAUGUUCCGAUUUUAAAGAUUUCUGCUGGGUAGAUAACAAGCAUAUUUCCAACUGCUCGUCAUACUGUAAUAAAGAAACAUUGAGUCCCACCAGCUGUAAAGAAAGUUCAUUCAUAUGGCUGUAUCCAACAUUGAUAGGAUUGGCUGUAUUUUCUGCAGUGGCUAUAGUAUGUUCUUGUCUUAUAUACCAGAACCUGAAAUUGCGUCGAAAGAUGAAAAUGGAUGAUUCAAGGUCCUCUACUGAGAUAGACGCUUCAUCUGAAGAAGAAACAGACUUGCUGAAGAAAAGUCAUGAAGACUUGACGGUUGUUCGUCUACAGGAGAUUCAUGUGGACAAUGAUAUCGGGCUUCAUUCACGAGCAGAUUUGUAUGGCUUUGUACCUCCAAUUUUAACGGCAACAGCUGGUUGUCAAGAAACUGGAGACAUGGCAAUCAGUGGCAGAUAGAAAAUAUCUAUUUAUAGAUGAACGGUUUGAAUUGUAAAAACAUAGGGUAUACAUCCUAUAUUCACAUGUAUUUGUAAAUAUUUAGUUUUUCUGUGUAAAUGUAUAUAUAUGGAGCGUUAGUUCUUAAUUGUAGCAAGGAAUGUUUUGUUUGUGUUGGAAAAUUGUAUAAUCUGAUAUAUGUACUGUAUUCAUGCUUCGCUUAUAAGUAAGGCUUCGAAUUUAGAUACAAAGCAAGGACAUAGGAUCUGUAUAUAUUUAAUCAGAUAUUUAUUUCUUUGAAAGCUUGUGCUUUCAUAGGACUUUUUAACAUGUUUGCAAAAUACCAUUUAUAUUGUGAUUGAAUCGUAGUAAUUCUAAUUUAUAGGGUUUUGAAAGGAAGGUAAUUACAAUUUUUUAUGUAGUACAUAUUAAAAAAAAAAACAUCCAUUGAACACUCUAGUCAUAAACUUCAAAUAUAGGGUGCACAUAUAUCUUUUAAAUCUGUUUUGAAAAGUAGAUCCUUAGAGGUUAAGAUCACAUAUCAAAAUUCACCCAAUGUAUCGAACAAUAAGGUAGCAAAUGUUGCUUAGUAUUUAAAACACCCAUUAAAUUGCUAUUGUACUUUGUGUGCAUACUUGAUGUCUUUUGUACUCACCAUUUACUUCAAAGGUAUGCAAUAGACAUUUGCAUAUUCAUAAUUUUGAGGUACAAACCACAAAAGUGCUUUCCAUUUGGUAUCUUUUACAUUUGAAACAAUCUAUGUGUAUGCUUGUAUGACAUGUAUGAAUAACAUGAAUAAGACAGGUUAUUGUGAAAUAUAACAUUAAAUUGCUAAUUACUUUGUUAGAUAAGUCAUUUAUGUUUUCUACAAAUCUUGGGAUUUUUCCUUUGUAAAAAUGACCUCACAAAAUUCAAUGCAGUACAUUCAUAUACAUGAUUAUAGAUAUGUAUAAAUGUAUUGCUGUCAUCUAAACGUAACAAUCUAAAUGUUCGUAGCUCAUGGCUUUAGCACACAGGAAAUGUGAUUUAAUUUUCUGCGUGUGGGUGGGAGGAGUAUUUUGAAAAUGGUUAUCCCAGCAUGGUAAGAGCUGAAAAAUAUAACUUCUCACAUUAUAGGAUGAAAAUUAAUGUUUUGAAACCAUUAAUAUCGCCUUGUACAUUGAUGUAGAUACAGUCUAGAUAUCCCCCACUUCCCUCCCCCUACUCCCAAUUCCCCCUAAAUCCAAGACGAAAAUUGUUCAAAAAACCUCUUGAGUGUAUCUUCAUUUUACUCACUCUUACCCCCCUUCCUGCCCCUGACUCUGGCUUCCCGUCCCCUUAUAAACAUGUCCCUUUACCCCAUUCCAUCCCUUGCUGAUAUUUUAGCAAAAUUCCCCAUGGUUUUCAAUACAUAUCAAACAGGAAAACGAUUUUACGUUUCCGAGUUGUGGGGUUUUAGUCAUCAAAAUAUGGAGGAUUUUCCAGGUUUUCGGAAAAUAACUCAAAAUUGCAUUUAGCAGUUAUCAUGAA